AUGGCGGCGUACGAUGGGGCAGGAAACCCGAGGGAACACAUCCUCAGCUACAAAACUUUUAUGGAGUUGCAGACCUUAUCGGAUGCCUUGAUGUGCAAGCUAUUCCCUACUAUGCUUACAGGCGCAGCAAGAGCUUGGUUUAAUAGUCUGGAGGCAGGGAGUAUUAGAAGUUUUGGUGACCUAGCUAGCACCUUUAUCAGCAGGUUCAUCGCGGGAGUACCGGCCGAUAGGAAAACUAGUUAUCUGAAAACUGUCAAGCAAAGGAGGAACGAGUCCCUGCGAGAAUAUGUCGCGCGUUUUAAUACGGAGGCCCUACAGAUUCCCGAGCUGGAUGAAAACAGGGCUGUAGAGGAGAUGCAGAAGGGGACCACCUCCCCAGAAUUUUUUGGCUCCUUGUGCAGAAAGCCGCUGACUUCAUUGGCAGAGUUGAUAAAGAGAGCAGAAAAAUACAUAAGGCAGGAUGACGCCUUGACCACUAGUAGGUUUGCAAGGGAGACAGCAGACAAGGGAAAGGCCUUGGAAGAAAGGAGGUUGGAUAAAUAUGAGAGAAGGCAAAGCAGGGGGCACGAGGCUUGA